ACCACCAUUUGUGCCUUUCUUUCUCUCUCCCAUAAGUCUCUAAUUCUGAUUCAGAAGAAAUAAAGAAGACCUUUUGCAUUUGAAUAUUCAUGGCUUCUCAUCUCUUAUCCUUUGACAUCCCCUUCAAGAAGUUACCGCCAUCUCCUUUCUCCAAACCCCAAUUAUUUUCCUCAACAUACAGUACCCUGAUCAACAUCAAGACCAACAAGAACCUCCUCCUGCCGACUCACACAAGAUGCUCCACUGUUUCGAGUUUAAGUACUCCUGAGAUUACCGAUCCCCAGCCGGUUUUUCAAGGAGAUGAGAGGCCUCUUUGCGAAAUAUGGAAGGAAAUUCAAGGCUGCAAUGACUGGGAAGGCUUACUGGAUCCCAUGAAUUCUCAUCUCCGCAAAGAAAUCAUCCGCUACGGGGAAUUCACGCAGGCUUGCUAUGAUUCAUUCGACUUCGAUCCUCACUCUAAGUACUGCGGCACCUGCAAGUACCAGGGAGCACAUUUCUUUGAGAAGCUGGACAUGGCGGACAGGGGAUACAAAAUAAGCAGAUACCUAUACGCAACAUCGAAUAUCAAUCUCCCGAAUUUCUUCCAGAAAUCCAGGAUGAGCAAAGUAUGGAGCACCCAUGCAAACUGGAUCGGAUACAUAGCGGUCUGCACGGACGAGGAGGAGAUCAAACGGUUGGGACGGCGGGAUAUAGUUGUUGCGUGGAGAGGCACCGUGACAUAUCUUGAAUGGAUUACAGACCUCAAAGACAUCCUUCACUCUGCUAAUUUCGGAGGUGACCCUGCUGUCAAAAUCCAGCUGGGGUUUUAUGACUUGUACACCAAGAAAGAAAACUCCUGUAAAUACUGUGUAUUCUCGGCUCGGGAACAGGUAUUGGCGGAAAUCAAACGGUUGCUUGAGUACUACGAUGGAGAAGAAAUCAGCAUUACUUUUACAGGGCACAGUCUGGGGGCUGCGCUGGCGACGCUUACUGCGUAUGAUAUUGCGGAAUUGGGGCUUAAUUUGGUCGACGACGGGGCGAAAAUUCCGAUCACCGUCUACUCUUUUUCCGGUCCUCGAGUCGGUAAUUUGAAAUUCAAGGAACGGUGCGAGGAGCUGCAGGUUAAGGUGCUGAGAGUAAUCAAUGUGCACGAUAAGGUGCCGACGGUGCCGGGAAUCAUCGCCAAUGAAAAGGUCCAAUUUCAGAAGUACAUCGAGGAUACAAUCUCUUUCCCCUGGAGCUACGCCCACGUCGGUGUUGAAUUGGCGCUGGAUCAUACCCAUAGUCCGUUUCUGAAGCCGACAAAGGAUCUUGCGUGCGCACACAAUUUGGAGGCGCAUUUGCACUUGGUGGAUGGGUACCACGGCAGAGGACGCAAGUUCUGCUUGGCGACGAAGAGGGACAUUGCACUGGUUAAUAAGAAUUGUGAUUUCCUGACGAGAGAGUAUGGUGUGCCGCCGAAUUGGCGGCAGGAUGAGAAUAAAGGGAUGGUGAGGAACGGUGAUGGGCGUUGGAUUGUGCCGGAGAGGCCAAGAGUGGACUUAUAUCCACCGGAUACGGCAUUCCACCUAGAGCAAGCAUUGAGGAGGAUCACCGACACUUCCAGCCAGGAACUUGAAGCAAAUUAAUGGUUUUGAUGGAACAUAUUAACAAAGCGAACUUCAGAAC